AUGCUUGAAUCAGAGUUUCGGCACUUCACGAUGAGUCGGCAGAAUACCCGAUAUCACUGCCCCUGGGAGCCGAUGAUCAUCGUUGGUGUUGCUGGUAGCUCCGGCUCUGGCAAGUCUUCGGUGUCCCAAGAAAUUAUCAACCUGCUCGAUCUCCCGGGAGCCUCCAUCUUGGUCAUGGACUCGUUUUAUAAGACACUCACGCCUGAGGAAAAUGCUAUUGCACAUGCAGACGAAUAUGACUUUGACUCUCCUCGUGCAAUAGACUUUGACGUCCUUGUUGAACUUUUGCGAGACCUGAAGAAAGGCCUUAAAGUUGAAAUACCCGUUUAUUCGUUCAAGAAACAUCAACGCGAACCUGUAACGACUCCGAUGCACCCCCCGCGAGUUUUGAUCCUCGAGGGUAUACUGGCCUUCACCGACCCAAGAAUACUGGAACUGUUGGAUCUGAAGAUAUUCGUUGAAGCAGACAUGGAUGUUUGUUUGGGCCGGAGAAUUGCACGAGAUGUCCGUGAACGAGGAAGAAGUAUCGAUAGUAUAUUGAAACAGUGGUUUAAGUUUGUGAAGCCAUCCUACACCAGAUAUGUUGAGCCUCAAAGAAUUAUUUCAGAUAUCAUCAUUCCUCGUGGAAUUGAAAAUAAAAUAGCGAUAGCUAUAGACCUUGUGGUUAAGCAUAUACAGCGAGGCCUUGCAAAACGGGCCAACCACUACAAUAUGCGUGACAGGAGGCCCUCGAUCAAUCGCCGCCUUUCCUUCUAA